AUGUAUGUUGAAUGCGAGUAUGAAAUGUAUGCAGUAUGCAAGUAUGAAGGUAAAAAAAUGUGUAUUAGUUCAAAUGCAAGACUACAUAUGUAUCAAUCACAAGAAGUAUCUCAUAAAACAUUGCAGGAUUUGAAAAAGAGCUAUAAAUUACUUGUUUCAAAAAAAUUAGAGUCAUUUGACAUGUUGAAUUUGGAGAUUAGUGAAUCUAAAGCCAGAUGCUUAGUCCUCGUUUACUAUAUCAUAUUGGAAUUUUUAACAAUUGUAUUACAAAUGGUUUUGCCAAAAAGUGGAGAUAUUUCUGAGCGCAAGCUUUAA